CAGAAAACAAACUUUCUCUCUCCCCACUUAUUCACGAAACCAAUGGCUUUUCUUUUAUGCAGUUUCCAAGAGCCUGUCCUCUAGUGGUUUUUGUAAUUCCAUUUUAUGCAGAUCUUGUUGACAGACAUGUGAAGGGCAAUGGCUUUUCUUCUGGGUCCAAUGGGUGCAUGUGGCUCUAUAUAUAUCGCCCCUUUUAACUCGGUAGUUACGUCCUUUCCUCCCUAGCAAGGCUAGUUUUUAUACUUCUACCAUAUAAACCAAUAUAUAGUGUGCCCCAAUCAUUUCUCGAAAACACCAACAACCCAUCAUAAAGAAUUCUCCCCAUCCACAAAUUGUUGUAUUUUUAAAUGGAACUUCUGAUAAUACAGACAUUCAUGCCUUGAUUCUUGAAAGAAUUGCCUUCCAAGUCUUUUUUGAGUCAAGUAGUUGGCUCAGUUAAAAGUUUUCAGUUAAAAUAUUGUUCUUUUAAUUUCCUGUGAAGUGCUUUUAUUACCUGUGGUUAUAGAGAGGAGGGUCCCUUUGCUAGUAGGGUCUUUGCAUUUUGUAUAUAGUUUGAAGGCCUAUAUAUAUGUGUGUGCAUUCCUCCAGGCAAGCUCAAAUUAGAGCAUUUCGAUAACAUUAGCAGCUCUUUCCGAGGUGGGCUUGGAGCUGUUUUUCUUCCUUGGAAGCAUCAAUGGCUGUUCUCUUAAUGGUUCUUGUGGCGGUUCUCUUUUUGUUCUGUAUCUCCUCUGCUUUGUUGAGGUGGAACGAGGUGAGAUAUAGGAAGAAAGGGUUGCCUCCAGGUACUAUGGGAUGGCCAGUCUUUGGAGAGACCACUGAGUUUCUAAAGCAAGGUCCAAACUUCAUGAAGAAUCAGAGAGCAAGGCAUGGGAGUAUCUUCAAAUCCCACAUUCUGGGGUGUCCUACCAUUGUGUCCAUGGAUCCAGAGCUCAAUCGAUACAUCCUAAUGAACGAGGGAAAGGGCCUUGUUCCUGGUUACCCUCAGUCCAUGCUGGAUAUCUUAGGCAAUCGCAACAUUGCAGCAGUUCAUGGCUCCACUCACAAGUACAUGAGAGGGGCAUUAUUAUCCCUCAUUAGCCCCACCAUGAUCAGAGAAAAACUUUUGCCAACAAUUGAUGAGUUCAUGAGAACCCACCUCAGCUACUGGGAUACCAAAAUUAUUGACAUUCAACAAAUGACCAAGGAGAUGGCACUUCUCUCUGCACUUAAGCAAAUUGCUGGCACUGAUUCUUGCUCAAUAUCUCAAGCAUUCAUGCCUGAGUUUUUCAGGCUGGUUUUAGGCACUUUGUCGUUGCCAAUUGACCUUCCUGGCACAAAUUAUCGACAAGGAGUCCAGGCAAGAAAAAAUAUUGUAAGCAUGUUGAGGCAGCUAAUAGAUGGGAGGAGGGCAUCGAAAUUAUACCACCAGGACAUGCUCGGUCGACUUAUGAGAACUGAGGAAAAUAAAUUUAAACUAACAGAUGAAGAGAUAAUUGAUCAAAUAAUCACAAUUUUGUACUCUGGCUACGAAACGGUUUCGACUACAUCAAUGAUGGCAGUCAAGUAUCUGCAUGAUCACCCAAGAGUUCUUCACGAGCUAAGAAAAGAGCAUUUGGCAAUUAGAGAAAAGAAAAGGCCUGAAGAUCCAAUCGAUUUAAAUGACCUUAAAUCGAUGCGUUUUACUCGUGCCGUGAUUUUUGAGACCUCAAGAUUGGCUACAAUAGUAAAUGGGGUUUUGAGGAAGACUACUAAAGAAAUGGAACUAAAUAGAUUUGUGAUUCCAAAAGGAUGGAGAAUCUACGUUUACACAAGGGAGAUAAACUAUGAUCCAUAUUUAUAUCCUGACCCAUUCUCCUUUAACCCAUGGAGAUGGCUGGACAAAAGUUUGGAGUCUCAAAACUAUCUGUUCAUUUUUGGAGGAGGUACCAGGCAGUGUCCAGGAAAAGAGCUAGGGAUAGCUGAGAUUUCAACUUUCCUUCAUUAUUUUGUAACUAGAUACAGAUGGGAAGAGGUUGGAGGAGACUCAUUAAUGAAAUUUCCUAGAGUUGAAGCACCAAAUGGGCUGCACAUUAGGGUCUCAUCUCACUAACUAAUAAUAACCUAUGCAUGUACAGAAGAGAGAGAGAUAUAGCAUAUCAGAACUGAUAAUGAUGUUCUAACAUGUUAGAAAGUGAAUGACAUCGAGCUAGUUUUUCCAUUU